UCUGGCCCCAACAUCGUAACAAAGGAAUAAGAUGCCGUCAUUGAUAAAAUCUGUUAUCACGAUCGAAGUGACGCGUUGAUUUCAACUACGUGUCACUGCUAUACACAAUCUAAUGACAUACUUUAGAGCGUCGUCGUCAAGAAAUGACGCUGAUAAUGUUUUGUGAUUAGUGCAGACAUUUACAAGUAUUUUGUUAAAGGUACUAUUUUAUCGUAGUAACGUUGCACAUAGUAUAUUCGGAUGGAUACUAAUAGUCGUUGAGAGUGCAUUGGAAAUAAUAACUAUCUAAACUGAUUCACUGCAUAGAGGAAUUGACUAAGAUUAUGUGCUGACUUAGCAUUCUAAUGUGCUUCGUUGAGUUUGAAUGAGGGUCAGGGAAGACUUCUGAGUUAUAAGUUUUUUAGGAGACAAAAUAACUACGUGAGAAGACAAUAGUUUCGCCAGAGGGGUGAGUAAGUGAUACGGACCAAGGUUAGAAAUAUGGCUUUAAAACGGCUGCUAUGCGGACUUCUAGUUGUGAUCUGUAUGCACAUGAUUCGACUAGGAAGUGGAAAUGUCUAUUCGGCAAUUUUCGAUUGAAGGAGGUCUUGAAGGAAGAAAUCAAGACCACGAAAAUGGUCUUGGGAAGCCUGAAGAAGUUUGAUAAGAGGACAGCUGCAGAAGGAAAAGUGAAAGAAUUUGCUGGGUUCAUCGAGAAAACAAGAGCAGAACACUCAAAGAUCAAGCCCGAUUCCCUGGAGACAUACAUGGAACACCCAAUCAAUAUUUACCACGUCAUCAAACGCAUGAUCAAUGAUUGGUCGGAGAAAGUGGAGUCCCUCAGUCAAGUGGCUGACAUCGACGUUCAGGCAUUUCAGGCCUCACUGGACACUCUAAUAUACAGGGCAGACCAUUGGCAUCGCACAACAGACUUUGAAUUCGUCACUUUACAACUGAUCUCAAUGCAAGCCGUAUAUCUUUUGAAUAUCACGGAGAUCGCUACGGGAACUCUCAAUGGAACACACACGGACCCGCUCACACUUAAUGAGAUCUUCUCGAUAAGAAGGUCGGCGUACGAUAGGAAUAUGUUCUAAGAAGCUAGCUUGUGAUUCAGGGGGCUGCUGGACUGCUUCGAGCGGGGUAUGAAAGGAGGAGUAGCUACAAAGAGGAAGACAUUAAAGAAUUUGGCAAGCACUUAUCAUCGGUAUGAAAAUUAUGUCGAAGCAAUUGAGACGGUAAAGGAAGCACUGGCGAGUGCGUUAAGCCGCUUCCACAAACCGGUGGGCCCGAGCUGACCACUGGACCAAUCACACCUACUAAAAGACCAGUAGGCCCAACACCGAAACCAGGUACGAAAUUCACAUGCGCAGGAAAGCCUGAUGGCACCUACCCGGAUCGAAACGAUUGCGCAUCAUUUCAAGUGAGUGGCCGUGGGAUCGCCUUUCAGAAGCACUGCCCAGCUGAACUCGUGUUCAGCCC